AUCUACAGAUUGGAAAUACUUGUGAAGUCGGAAAUUGAAAAUUCCUGCUCUUAGGGUUUUGAAAAUCAAAAAGGAUCCAAAUCCAAAUUUUACUGAUCCAAUGUCUGACCGGAACUCCCUGGAGAAUCGUCCCGGCAUCUUCGUCGUCGGCUCCCCUAACGUCGGCAAACGGACUCUCCUCUCUCGAUUGAUCUCUGUGGAUUUUGAAGAUGCCCCUGAUUCUUCUUCUCAACCGCUUGUUCAUGGGUGGACUAUCAAUACAAAGUAUUACACGGCCGAUGUUUCGGUCUGGAUGGCUCACCUGCAAGAUGGAUUUUCUGUUGGGAGCCUGCCAGUUUUUGACCAGCUGACUGCCCUAGUGAUGGUCUUUGACAUGAGUGAGCAAUCAACUCUUGUUGCACUCCAGGAUUGGGUAUCCCAGAUUGACCUUCACAAGUUUGAGAUACUACUUUGCAUUGGGAACAAGGUGGACCUUAUUCCUGGUCAUCCAGUUCAUGCUGAAUAUAAAAGACGCCUGCUGAAGCUUUCAGACUCUUCUGAUGGUUCUUACUCAGGGUUUGCUGAGUAUGGGAUUUUUGAAACUGAAGGAAGUAGUUUGUUGGGGGAUGAAGAACCAUCUUGCGAAAUUCGAAGGUCAUGUUUGGAAUGGUGCUGUGAACACAACAUUGAAUUCAUUGAAGCUUGUGCUUCUAGUACUGAUUUUGACAAAUGUUUGUCAGUUGAUGGUGAUUGCCAAGGAGUUGAACGUCUCUUUGGUGCUCUUUCUGCUCAUAUGUGGCCUGGAAUGAUCUUGAAAACUGGUGAUAAGAUAACUGAACCAUCACUACCAGAAAAAGAAGAGUUAUCCGAAGAAGAAUCGGAAUAUGAAUUCGACUAUGAGGUGCUAUCUGGGGGUUCAGCUGAACCAUGGGAUGACACAGAAGAACGGUGGGUUUCUGCAAAGGGAACUAGUAAUCCACUUCCAGAUACAGGUCCAUCUGCUGUUCAGAACAAUUAUGUCAGGGAAUGUGAACAAGAGAAUGCAACCAGUUGCACUAAGGAAGAGCUGCAAGAUCCAACAUUUACGUCCAAGUUGGAGGAUGAGGUAAUUGAGGGAGUGGUACCCAAUGCCCAAGGACCUGACAAAGCCUCAGAAUCAGAUGAGCUUGCACCAUAUGACUUUGAGGAUUUGGAACAGUUAAUGUCUGAGAUAGGAAAUAUACGUGACAACUUGAGGUUGAUGCCUGAUUUUCAGAGGAGGGAGAUGGCUGCGAAGAUGGCCUUGAAAAUGGCUGCCAUGUUUGGAGGUGGCAGUGAUGAUGAGGACGGAUUUGAGUGAUCAGGGGGAUAUUACCAUAUGGACUAUGGACUAAGAACUUUAAGUUUAAUCCCUUCCCAGGUCUCAGAAGCUGUAUCUUGGAGGGAAUGAGCAUUUCUUCUCAAUUACGCGGGAGAAUUAAAUGCUGACUUGGAUUCAUUCAUCCUCAUAUCUGUGUAGAACAUUUCCCUUUAGGCAAACCAGUACUUCUGUAGCAAAGGUGGAAGUGUUUGCCUUUUGUCUUUGUAAUUUCUAUCCAAUCAAAUGGGAAGGCCUUCUGAAUAUCUAGGAAAUUUGAUUUAGAAAUGGUUAUGGUAUGUGAAUAUACUACUAUUAAAUUUUAUGCCAACGGACUGAUUUUUUGAUCAAAGAAAUCCUCCUCUUCCUACCCUGCAUCGGUUCUCAUUACAACCAGCUGCAGUGUAGUGAGAGAUGCUGGAAAUGUAGACCCU